AUGCUCAAGAGUGGCUGGCUGGCACACCAAAUGCCUUUGCGACCAGUGAGCGGGAAACACAACUUCAACGAGUAUAUACCUAUCUUCAAAUUGUCCCUUGCGAUGGAGGGUUCAGAGGGAAUCUUGCUGCCCCCCGUUCGGCCGCAGCGGCCCCAUCGCUGGGCGCGCGACUACCUUUUCGAUGUCUGCCGCGAAUUGGGAAUCACGCGAAUCUUUGGCGUUCCCGGUGUCAAUGAAAUCCCUUGGAUCGACGGCACCUCGUAUCCCGAGAACGGCGUCGAAUAUGUCGAAUGCCUUCACGAGAACAUCGCCAUCGGCGCGGCCAUGGGCUCGGCGCGCAUGACGGGCAAGCCGGCCAUCCUGAUCGUCCACGUCACCCCUGGCAUCGCCCACGCCAUCACCAACCUGUUCAACGCGUCGCGCUCGCAGUUUCCGCUGGUCAUCCUGUGUGCGCAGCAGCAGAACGCGCUGGUGGUGCAGGAGCCUUUGCUGUCGUCCGACACCGUCCCUCUCGCCCGCAACUACUGCAAAUGGGCGCAUGAGAUGAAGUCAGAGGACGACAUGAAGCUGGUGCUGCAGCGCGCCUUCAAGGAGGCCAUGGCGCCGCCGAACGGCGCCGUGUUCCUCUCCGUGCCGUGGGAAUUCACCAUGCGCCGCAUUCCCGACGACGAUCGUCUUGAGGGCAUUACCCGGAUUUCACCCCGUUUCGGGCCCGAUCCGGACAGCGUGCGCGACCUCGCCGGCCGGUUGGCGGCGGCGAGGAAUCCGCUGAUCGUCGCCGGCGAUGCGGUCGGAUUAGCCGAUGCCUGGAAGGAACUUCGCGAUCUCGCUCACGUCAUCGGCGCGCCGGUCCUGCAGCAGGCCUUGAGCGCCGUCGCCAAUUACCCCAAUAACGAUUCCCAUUGGCAGGGAGAACUGCCUAACAAUCAGGCCGGCAUGCAGUCGGCAUUCAAAGACCACGAUGUCGCUUUCCUCUGCGGCUUCUCCAACCAGGCGCAGGUGCUGAUCUACAAACCGUCCGACGGCCCGCUGAUCCCGGACUCGGUCAGCAAGCUUUAUCUUAGCAACUGCAUCUGGGACAUUGGCAAGAACUAUCACGGCGACGCCGCUGUGUUCGCCGACAUCAAGGUCGCUCUGCCGCAGAUCACCACCCAGGUGAACGCGGUGAUGACCCCGUUAUUCACCACACAGCGCAACGAGCGCAACCGUACACUGGCCUACGGGGCGGUCGAACGGAGCGUGCAGUGGCAGCAGUAUCUGGACCGGGCCAUGAAUCAGGACAAUGUGUGGGCGGUGGUGAUCGCCGACGCACUGCGCCGGCAGAUCGAGCAGCGCCACCUUCAGGACAAUUUCGUUUAUGUCCACGAGGCCAUUUCCGAUCCCUCUCCCUUCCAGUAUCUGCUGCCCUUCGCCAAGCCGACCAGCUACUAUUCCGUCGGCGGCGGCUCGCUCGGCUGGUCGUUUGGCGCCACCAUCGGCAUCAAGGAGGAAGAGCGUGGGGUGCAGGGAAUCGGCACCAAACUAGUGGUGGCCGUCACCGGCGACGGCUCCUCGCUGUUCUAUCCGCAGGCCUGGUGGACGGCGGCGCACCGCAACCUGGGGAUCCUCUACAUCAUUACCAACAACUCCGAAUACCACACCCUGCAAGUGGGACUCGGGACGAUUGUCCAGGUCUAUGGCGAGGCGCUGGGCUACGAUUGGAAGCCGCGCACGAUGGACCCCGGCUAUCUCACCAUCCGUGGCCCCCAGCCCGACUUCGUCGGAAUCGCCAAGGCCAUGGCCGGCAUCGAGGGCAGACACGUCGAGCACCCGGCCGAGGUCAACAAGGCCGUGGGCGAUGCCGUCCGCUAUGUACUAGAGACCGGCAAAUCCUUCGUACUGGAAAUCAAGACGGUUGGGCUGAGCAGCCAGCAGCAGCCGCCCGACACUAUCGAUGACCGUGUCAUCACCCCGUCGCUUUGGACUCAGCCGCAUUUGGACUGGGUCCAUUCCGGCCCGGGCUCGGCCCGCCGGCCGGGCGAUACGGCGCUGAUCUGCUAG